AUUGGGUGAAUUCCCAAGGGUGCGGUCGCACACGUGUGUUUCCGAGAAAAACAGAAAAGUACGGUGUAAGAUCGAUCUGUAAGAUCGAAAAUAAACCGAUUCCCGGAUACAAAUCUCCGAUCGUCCACCCGCGAUUUGUUCGAAUUGAUUCGAACAAUCAUUGCGAACGAGACCUAAAUUAGACCCUAAGUUUGCGCGUGUUUGUUGUUUCAUUUGUCCGUGUGUGUUUCUCUGCCGCGCGCCGAUUCAAGUGUCUCUGUUUCUCUUCAUCGGAGCAGCUGAUUGGCGGAUAAAUCGGAUUGUCCCUCGACGGGACGAGAGGUAGCAGCAGCGGAUGUUUCCGCGUUCGCUAAGGUGAGGCGCGUAUUCUAUGGUAUAAUGGAGUAGAAACGCGCAAACUGACAACGAAGCGCGACACAGCUCGGAGUGUGCGGACCGUGGGUUAACGUCGCCUAAGCCGGUCAUAAUCAAUUCCGAAUUGUCAUCUGAUUAACAUCUGACUGAGCCCGGGCGCUCAUCGACACGAGCGCUCGUAUUGACGCGGCUGCCACGCGCGGUGCCGUUAUGACGGAUUCGCGUUUCGCCGCGCAUCGUACGCGUUCCGGCGAGUCGUUUAACAGAAGCAGUCAUCUCGCGAUCCGAAUAUCCAGUCGGGAAAUGGCAAGCCGGCAUGCAAACGCGUAAUCUCGACGUAAUCUUGACAUCUUUGCGGACAAAAUGGUAGCUCGUCCUGGCCAUGCACCGGGAGUUGAUGCGUUUCCGCGUACGUGAGCCUACGGUACCGGGAGGCGGCACGGGCAGGACGGGGAGGUUUAGGCUACGAUGAGUACUGACAGUCAUGAUCAGACGAAACCUUGCAAAACACCCGCGAGGAGCGAGGAAGAGAGCGCGUUCGACGGGAAACGAAUUAAAAAAGAGCGCGGUGACAUUUGUAUGGAAAAUGGCGACGUCGCCGCCGCCGCCGCCGCCGCGCUGCCACCGCCGCCGCCUCCACCUCCACCUCCUCCGCAGCCUCCACGACAUCCACCGGCCGGCAGAUUCACGUCGAACGGUUUCCACGGGGAUGGUGAUCCGCUGCAAGACUUUUUCGCAACUAAAUUCGCGACCCUGGCUAAUCACGGCGCUUCUUCCAAGCAGGAAAAGAUUCGGAUUAUGAUAGAAGAUAGUAUUAGCGAGGAGUCCAGAGUUCGUGUGAACGAGAUUUUUUCACGGAUAGAACAACUGAAGAUAGAGGAAAAGUUAUUGUUGUACCUGAAAUUUCCAUUAUUGCUGACGAAUCCAAAUGGGACCUUCGAUCCGCUGAGACAGCCAUUGAAUCCGUUGGGAAAUCGGUACGAAAUUCAUCAGACUAUUAUGUGGAUUAAGACACAUUUAGAGGAAGAUCCUGAUGUGUCUUUACCGAAGCAAGAGGUUUAUGAUGAAUAUAACAUGUAUUGCAUAAGAAAUUCGAUGAAGCCAUUGUCAACAGCGGAUUUUGGAAAAGUGAUGAAACAGGUAUAUCCACGAGUUCGCCCUCGCCGGUUGGGUACACGGGGCAAUUCUCGAUACUGCUAUGCGGGUAUGCGCAAGCGAAUUAAAUUGGAUUCUCCGACACUGCCAAAGAUAUCUGGCCCUCAAACUGAGGAGCAUCCGGAGGAAAACAUCACUGAGGAAAUGUUGGGUGCUGCAUCUACUUUGAUAAGAGAAUGGGCAGAGAGCAUAUUGGGUUCGAAAUUUCUAAAUUUGAGUGCCUUAGCGCGGCAUCUUGUUAAUAAUUUUCGUGUCGACACUCGAUCUCUGGCUGCUGUGUGCAUUCUAUCCGCGUCGGAUGAGCUUAACACUUCGUCCAGUAAAGAACCGGCCUCGGAUCAGCCAACAACGCCUGCGAGCGGUAAGUCUGCUAAGCUCCGUGAAGCGCAGUUACAGUUGCAGCGCAAGCUUCAGCAACGUGAGCACAUAAAAGAUCAGAAGCAUCGUCAUCUCGACACAGUUACGCAGAACAAGGAGAAGAUUGUAGAUCAGCAUAAAGAGAAGAUCGGCAAGGGAUGUAAGAAAGUCAAGUCCAAUCAAUCAUCUCACACAGUGACGAACGCAACAGCGGCGAUAAAAGCGGCCGCGCAAAACUCGCUGACAAAAAUCAACUUGUCCGCUGUUGUCAACAAUCGGCAAAAAAAAGUAUCGAGAACUUGUAAUCAACAACAGCAACAACAGCAACAACAGCAGCAGCAGCAGCAGCAGCAGCCUUGCAAUGUCUCCCAGGAGUCUAACUGUGAUAAUCUAGUGGUACAAUCGUGCGAGGGUGGACAGAGUAAUAGCAACUCUAGAGUAACGAUAAACGCGCAGCGCGAUGUCAGAGGUAAAAAUUCCAGGAAACGUGCCAAUAAUCCAAUUAUAACGCAGCAGCAGCAGGAACCUAGCCCCGAGAAACAAACGAAGCUUACAGAAGAGAAUCCGGAGCAUUCCAACGCUUUGCUACCCAAGGUGGCGUCCAUUCAAUGCGCCGGUAAGAUAUCGGUGAUACUAACUGGUAAUUCGAAAUCUACCAAGUGCAAAACGGUCGAGACUUCGGACAGUCAGCUUAUUAAAAACUGUGAUAUCAACUCGUCGAGGAGCGCUUCCGCAACGGCGGAAACGUCCUCAGGACUCCUCACGAGGGACCAGAUUCGUCUCCUGCAGGAUACACCGGUCUUCAAGGACGAAAAGCUUCGAAGUAUCGACACCGAUGAUUUGAACGAUUAUUUGAACGGUGGGAACAAUUCACAGGAGCAGGAAGAGGAACUGUUGCAGUAUUUCCAGCAGAACAGCUCGUCCAGCUCCGACGUGGAAACCAAUGUCGUCGGUUCCGAUACCGAGCAGAUCUCUCGAUCGGACAAGGUGUCGCAGCUACGAUUGAUACUGCAACAGAAUCUGAAGACAUCCGUCGUAGCCACCGAGUCAACCCCAACGCCGGUCACUCGGCAAAACGUCGCUGUGGAGAAACGGGAAUCUGCGCAGAAACAUAAUCUCAUACUCCCGACGCUUCUUCAUCAUCCCAAUACGGGCAGUACGCGUCGUCGCGUCAGUUUCGAAACAAAUGUCGUCGAACACGCUCAAGAAGCACCAACGGCGAGCGUAACGAACACCGUGCCGCAAAGCCCGAACACACGGCGAAGAAUAUUCAAUUUCACCCCGAUCUCGCCCGGACCGCAUUCUCCGAUUAAUGGCCGCGCGUCCAAAUCGAAUUCGGCGAACGCGAGUCCGUUCGUGUCGCCCCGUAACACACCAGUGCCAAGAUCGCGCAGUAACCUGCAAGCUGGCAGUUCCAGAUCUCGCGGCCAAAAGACGCUUUCUCGUUCGAUUUCGUGCAGCGUGCCGUAUACCAUGAAAACAACGGACACUUUUAUCGUACCGACAUCAAGUGGAAUAGAAACCGCGCGACACGUGUUGACAGUAGCAACGACCAAGUCUGCGGAGGUUGUUUUGAAGGGACCACCGUGUGCCGCGUUUUUAGAUUUGACUCCUCAAAAGCAACAAUUGCUGAUAAAUUAUCCGAGUCAAGAAAAUUUACAAGAAAUCAAGAACGUAUAUCAAAAAGAUCAAACGCCCGCGCCUGAUCAAGAGAUUACGGAACUUCUUCACGCGGGUAGACACGUGAGCAACGAACAAUUGUUCUACAGAUCGCAGUCGGUGCCGUUGCACAGAAUGGUCAAUCCCGCGUCUUUGACGUCGCCGAUUUCCACGCAACAUUGCCUGUCGGCGGUGCACAGUCAGAGCUUCAAUCCGUCAACGAGCAGUUCCGUAGCCCCUACUCCGGUACCGAGCGAAUACAACGACUUCGGUCCCUCCAUUGGACAAGAAAGCGCGUACUUGUUAGACGAUCCAAAUUUCAUAUCGGACGAUCAGCAAUUUCUGAUGACGGACAAGGGGAUCACAUCCGAAAAUAUCAAUAACAUCCUGACCAUGCUGGACGAAGAGGGUCAGUCGAGCUUGCAAAUGCUGCCCGAACAAUCCACGGAAGAGACGUUGAACAACACGAUUGUCCUCGACGGUCUGCCGAAUGCCAAUUUGAAUCUGUCGGAAGAAGAUAUACUGGACGCGUCGAACAUUCUCGGUGACGCCAGUGGUACGCUACAGAAAAUAAUGCAGUCGCGUUCGUAUCCGAAUACACCGCUUCCGGCCGCGGUAUCGGCGUACACGUCAUCGUACACCGAGGACAGCAACGGCUCCAGAUCGUAUCCGUCGACGCCUCUGCACACGGUCCAGUCCCAGGAAGUAUAUCAGGAUCCAGGCGAGUCGAUAUUGUCCAGUCCCAUUCUCAAUUCUCUCAGUUUGCAAAGCGACGCGUCGAACGUAGGCGCAACUGUCGACGGCGAUAUCGACCCGAGCGCCGCUACUUCCAGUCUCUGCAGAAACGUUGCCGAUCUUCUGGGAGACGGUUUUCUCGGAGAAGCUGAUCCGGAGAGUGACGAUCUGGAUCCUCUUGGUAAUUUUGACGGCCUGCAAGAUGUGGAUUCGUUGACGCCACUGUUCAACGAAGUCACGGAGCCUAAUCGUUAGAGACAGUUUACUUCGAUCUAUUUCGUAAUAUUCGCAUUCGUACAGGGAGAAGUGUGAUACGGCAUAAAACUAUUUGAGUCCGGUGGUUCUCAAUCGUAUUAUCACGUGAGCCAGGGUUGUCCAAGUGUGGCGCAGCAUCUACCAUAUAUCCUAUCACUAAGCUGGUUCUGGAAUUUUGUUUUAGUGAGGUCCGCAAACAAAAAGAUCGCAUGCCGUGCUACCGAUCCCGUCACUAAUCAUUCACACGAAACCUUUCCUCUAAUUAAGCAGUUAAUCACUUCUAUUCAUUCCUCUCUUGGAUGUUCCCAUAUUGUAUAAUUUUUCAGUAUUGAUUUUGUUCAAAAGUUUUUCAUCUCAUCUUUUUUUUUUUUUUUUUUUAAUAGAAGAAUUGAAGAACUUGAAAUUGAAACCGUUUUUAUACCGUAGCUACUCUGAGUCUUAAAAAUGAUUUGAUGGAAGCCUUUCUUCGUAUCGAAGGAGACAAUUAAAUUGCAAGACAAUUAAACAGUAUACUUCUAUGGACAACCCUGUUACAGAUCCAUUUUUAGAGUAAAAGAGAGGAAAGAGGGUACUUAUUAUGAUAGUUUUUAUCUCAUCACACGAAUAUUUUCGGAAAACUGACAAAUAUCGGAAUUGAUUGCGAACAGUUCCAUAAUAAGUACCGAAGUUAAAAGAGGGAGGUGUAUAAAUGUUUCUUUUUUUUUUUUUUUUUUAAAUAAGCGCUAGGUAUUAUUCAGUUUUAAAAUUUAUAGAAUAUUUUGAUAGAUUUUCUGUAUCUCUUUAGAAGUAUAAUUUGAUCAUUGCGAUAGUUUCACGUAAUUUUAAUUAUUUUUUACUACAGAUAUUAUAUGUGUACAGGUCUCUUAUAAAUUUUUUUUUUUUUUUUUUUUGUUUUCCAGCUUGUAGAUUGUAUUUAUUUCAACUCGUAAAUUAUGUUUUAACUCGCAGUGUAACUUUAUUUCCAGGCUGUAUUAUCAAUGACUGUCGUUUUUUAUCGCAAUAAAAGGUGCUAUCAAAAUGCCCAACAAGCUUAGAGAAGUCGCGAUUUUUUAAAGCAUUUUAAAUUGAAAAUUAUACGUUCUUAGAAAUAUAUAUAAUAUACAUAUAUAUAUAUAUAUAUAUAUAUAUAUAUAGUACGUUAUUAUUAAAAAAUGUCUGUUUUUUAAAUGAAACUUGGUUUUAUUGCUCAGUUGAAGUUUCACGCCCUUUUCGAAAUGCGACGGUUGCUACUUGUACUUUAUUCGAAAGUCGCUUGCUACUUGUACUUUAUUCGAGAAUACAUAUAUACAGUCAGUCUAAAAAGUCUCCAUACUUCCAAUAUUUCAAUCGUAUGUAAUUUUUUAUCAUAAUAUCAAUUUCUAUUUUGUGUAAUUUUGACUUAAAUUUGACUUUUAGUGUGUUAGACUCGUGACAUCUGUAAAGUGUCAGCGCAUGCGUACACAUACUUUUGAGUCAGUGGAAUUACUGAUUAUUUCAAUUUACUUGUAUUCACAGAGUCGCUGAUAUAUAUAAUAUCUUAACUAUAAUAUUUAUUAAUUUCUUAUUUGCUUAUUUUUGCUGAACCAACCAUCGACGUUGUGUUGGUUUCAGCAAGGCCUAUCUUUCAAUAUUUUUGAAUGUUUUAACACGUCAUGUGUGUGUACAUGUAUACAAAAAAUUUAAAACCUAUAUCGAAAGUAAACGCAGUACGGGAGACUUUUGGACUGAGCGUAUACAGUCAAUAUUUUACAUACAAACGUAGCUAGUAGUGAUAAUUCGCAUAUUUUAGUUCCUCAGUAUUUCUAUGAACUAUUCUAUAAACAGUAAAAAAAAAAUGUGAGUUUGUAUAUUUUAGAAUACUAAAUUAUUAAUUUUUUUGUAAUGUAAAAAGUUACAUUGUCUUUUGUACAUUCACAAAAGUAUUUGACUUAUAUUAAUUGUACUGUCUUUUAAAAUCUGUUUGACAAACUAUUCAAUUCCGGAAACUUUUGCUGGGCCGCUCGUUUUCCGCGAACGAGCGUGUUCGCGAAAGUCUCGAUUGAAUAGUUUCAAGCUCGAUUCUGUGUAAUUUGUAAUUGUUAAUAUUUUGUAAAAAAAAAAAAAAAACAACAAAACAAAACAAAACAAAACAGUUGUAACUCUCUGAUACAGCUGUAAAACAAUUGUAUAAAUCUACGAGAGAGUAUACGUUAUAAAUACUUUGUGAGAGAGAAGAAGAAGCACUUUUUCUUUAUUUCUAUAAUCCGAAAAGAAGAGGGAGAGAGCGAUCAAUGGUUUUUUUUUUUUUACAUAUUUAAUUGCUCCAAACGCAGCCUAAAUUGCCAUCUUCUAGAUAGAGGUGCGUCUAACGUACAUAAGCUAAAUAAAUAACAAGAACAUUUGUUUUCUUUUUCUUUUGAAGAACUAUAUAGGAAAAGGUUGAGAACCACGUGAACGUGACUUCAUCAGAAAACGACGAAAUACAAAAAAACGCACGACGACUUUGCUGGCUUUCGUAAUUCCUUCGAAAAUUGUUUGCGCAAAGUGAGCGAAACACACACACACACACAUACACAUACAUAUACAGGACUCUGGAACACAAUCGCAGCAGGUGAUCCCAUUUGAAAUAAAACGCUUGAAGACAGAGCUACUAGUAGGUGAUUUUGAAAAAAAAAAAAAAAAAAAAACAUUUCGCAAACCGACCAUUUUGUCCAAAUCUGGAUUUCGAAAAACAAAAAACAGCGACACAAAAUUUCCGCGAUACGCCGAGAGAGAUGAGAAGUUUUUUUUAUCGAAAUCGUUUGGAACAUUCGAACAAACUUUUUUGAAACGCAAUUUUUCGAGAAAACGCGUCAAGUGUGUUUCACCCGUUCUCCGUCGUACAAUUCAACUGCACACAAAUUUCAAAUAGGACAACCUGCUACAUGAUACACAUUAUAUAGCGAGAGACGUGAUAAACAAAAAUCUUCGCGUGGAAAACCGACGCCGCUCGAUUCGGGAGCGCGUGCGAACACACGUUUUUAGAAUAUUACGUAUAUUUACUAAACGCACAAGUAACUUUUAGGUAGAAAUUACUCUUGGUACAUAUAAUCGUAUAACCUAUAUAUAUACAUAAUACAUACAUAUAUAUAUAUAUAUAUAUAUAUAUAUAUAUAGUUUAUAUUUAAAAUUCAAAUUAGCUAUAACCCCUCUGUCCUUCCCUCUGCGAUCGUGCGUUCGAAAAAAAAUACUCAUGUUUUUAAUAAAAAAAAAAAAACUAAAAAAAAAAAAAGAGAAAAAAAAGAAAGCCAGAAACUGAUAUUCGCAUUACGACGAAUGAUUGAAUACAUUAUUAUUAUUAUAAUAAUAAUAAUAUCAACGUUGAUCACUUUUUGAUCGCGGAGAUGUGAACACUUGCUAUUGUAUGUACGAUGUAUGUAUGUAUAUACAAUGUAUGUAUGUAUGCAUCGGUUUGUGCGUGCGCGCGGCACGCACGCGAGUGAUACAUAAAAAAAAAAAAAAAAAA